AUGAAGAUUGAUAAAGUAUCCAUGUUGAAGGAAAGGUAUGGCAAGUAUUCCUCCAUCUUCAUUGAACAUGAUAAAAAUACAGAUGUGGAUUAUAUUAUAAAAUAUGGUAAAAAUUUAGAUCUUCUUCAUCAUAAACAAGAAAUGUUGAAUAAGUUGUCAUAUUCAUAUAUCAUUAAGUUAUCAUUGGAUAAGAUUCAAGAUAAUCAUCAAAAGUGUGACCAGUUGUUGAAAUGGAUUCAGCAAGUAGAUGUUGGUUUUCAAUAUGCACACUCACAAGGAAUAUUGUAUAAAGAUUAUUUAAUUGAUAACUUAAUUAUUGAUACUGAUGAUAAUAUGAGAAUUAUUGACUGGGAUAUAUUUUGCAGAAAAGAAAACAAUUCUUAA